AGAGAAGAGAAGAGUCCGUUGAAGUUAUAGAUCGUUACGUUACAUACAUUACAUUACGCAUCUCUCACCUUCCCCUUCAAUCUAGGGUUAGUUUCUCGAUUCGAAUAUACUUAUAAAUAAACUUCUUCGCAUUUUUUUCAAUUUUAUUUAUUUAGAUCCAUUUAUUAAGGGUUUUAUAAUUCAAGAUCUUCAUUGUGAACGAUGACGAUUGCUGAAUCGGAUUUUCCGAUUGAUAAUGGGAUGAGUUGUGUGCCGAUUUCACCGGAGGAAGAGAAACGGAUCGUGAAGGAUUUGAUUAAGCAAUCGGAGCUUAAUUUGAAAGAUGGGAACUUAUACUUUAUUAUUUCCAAUAGAUGGUUUUCAAGUUGGCAGAGGUAUGUUGGGCAUAGUGAUGGAAUACUUUCUACUGACCAGCAAUCUUCUGAUGGCCUGCACGCCGAUACUGUUCACUUGAAGAUCACCGAUAGACCUGGUCCAAUUGAUAAUUCUGAUAUAAUUUCAAACGGAAGUAAUUGUGGCGGGAGUGAUUUAGAUAUUCAUCGAACAUUGGUUGAGGAUAAAGACUAUGUUUUAGUUCCUCAACAAGUAUGGGAAAGGCUGUUGGGAUGGUACAAAGGUGGACCAGCAUUGCCAAGGAAGUUGAUUUCUCAAGGUGUUGGACCGAAGCAGUACAGCAUUGAGGUGUACCCACUUUGUCUAAAGGUGACUGAUGCGAGAGACAACAGUGUCUCAAUUGUAAAAUUAAGCAAAAAGGCUACCGUGAGUGAACUCUAUGAGCUAGUGUGCAAAGUUAAAGGAGUAGAACAGCACAAGGCUCGUAUUUCGGAUUACUUCAAUUUGAACAAACCGUCAUUGCUGACGGCUUCAGACCAGACAUUGGAGGAUGCAAACAUGACAAUGGACCAAGAUAUUCUUCUAGAAGUUUCAGUCGAUACAGAUCGUUCAUCUCAUUCUGGUGUGCAUUCAAUGGGAAAUGAAUUAGCAUUGGUACCAUUAGAACCUCCAAGAUCAUCUGUAUCAAUUGCAGGGGGACCUGCCUUGUCUAAUGGUCACUCAAGUGGGUCUGGUUUUAAUUUCUAUCAGGGAAGUUCUGUAAGUUCAUCACUGACUACUAUGGAUGAUAAAUAUGACGUCUAUAGUGGUGAAAGAGGUGGUUUAGCAGGACUGCAGAACUUGGGGAAUACCUGCUUUAUGAAUAGCGCUCUCCAAUGUUUGGUCCACACUCCACCCCUUGCUGAAUUUUUCUUAGAAGAUUACAGUGAUGAGAUCAACAUGGAGAAUCCUUUAGGAAUGCGUGGUGAAUUAGCACUUGCAUUUGGUGACUUGUUGAGGAAACUCUGGUCCUCUGGGCGAACUGCUGUUGCACCCCGUGCGUUCAAGGGAAAGCUGGCCCGAUUUGCUCCACAAUUCAGUGGUUAUAACCAGCAUGAUUCUCAAGAAUUGCUGGCAUUUUUAUUGGAUGGACUGCAUGAAGAUUUGAAUCGUGUGAAACAAAAGCCUUACAUUGAAAUGAAGGACUCGGAUGGUAGGCCGGAUGAGGAAGUCGCAAAUGAGUGUUGGAAAAAUCACAUGGCUCGGAAUGAUUCAUUGAUUGUUGAUGAAUGCCAGGGUCAAUACAAAUCGACACUAGUUUGUCCUGAAUGUGGCAAAAUUUCAAUCACUUUCGACCCCUUUAUGUACUUAUCAUUACCACUUCCUUCCACUGUCACCCGGACAAUGACAAUUACUGUCUUUUAUUCUGAUGGGAGCGGUCUUCCCAUGCCGUACACUGUGACUGUGCUGAAGCAUGGUUGCUGCAGAGAUCUUUGCCAAGCAUUGAGCACUGCAUGCUGUUUGAAGAGUGAUGAAAUUCUUUUGCUUGCAGAGGUUUAUGAGCAUAAGAUUUAUCGUUAUCUAGAUACUCCAUUGGAAUCAUUGACUUCAAUAAAGGAUGAAGAACAUAUUGUGGCCUAUCGACUCAAGAGUGGAGCUAGGAAAACAAAACUAGAAAUAUUGCAUCGAUAUCUGGAUAGUGGGAAGGGUGGAGAGAGGAAGAUCUUUGGAACUCCCUUGGUUACUUAUUUGGAAGAAGACCCUCAAUGUGGAGCCAACAUUGAGCCAUAUGUACAUAGAAUGUUGGCACCUUUAAGAAAAGCACAUUCUUCAACCAAGUCUCAUGAAGGGAAGGAAACUGGUUUCAUCUCAGGAGGUAGUGACGAGCAAUCAAGCAUCUGUAAUUCUCACAGUGAACCGAGGAACCCGGCACUUUGCACCAGAGAACAAGAGGGGACAUCCUGUGGAGAGUCAUCUUUCCAACUUGUUUUAACUAACGAAGGCUGUUUUAGCUGUGAGCCCAUUGACAAGGCAUCUGUGAUAAAACCCAGUGCACAUAUAAAGGUCUUUGUUGACUGGACCGAGAAAGAAUAUGAACUGUAUGAUGCAAGCUAUUUGAGUGAUCUUCCUGAAGUUCACAAAACUGGAUUCACUGUGAAAAAAACCCGGCAAGAAGCUAUUUCUUUGUUUUCAUGCUUGGAGGCAUUCUUGACCGAAGAACCUCUAGGACCAGAUGACAUGUGGUACUGCCCUCAAUGCAAGGAACACAGACAAGCUACCAAGAAACUGGACUUGUGGAAAUUGCCAGAGAUAUUGGUUUUUCACUUGAAACGAUUCUCAUAUAGCAGAUACUUGAAAAACAAACUUGACACCUUUGUGAACUUCCCCAUUCACAAUCUUGAUUUGACCAAGUAUGUGAAAAGUCAAGAUGGCCCGUCCUAUGUGUAUAACCUUUAUGCAAUCAGCAACCAUUAUGGUGGUUUAGGUGGUGGGCAUUACACUGCAUAUGCCAAGUUGAUUGAUGAUAAUAAGUGGUACCAUUUCGAUGACAGUCACGUCAGUCCUGUUUCUGAAGGUGAAAUUAAAUCUUCAGCUGCAUAUGUGUUAUUUUAUCAGAGAGUUGGAAGCGACGUCCAGAUGGAAGAAGCGACAUCUUAGGUUCAUGCAGGUUGUUGUUUGUUUGAUGCCUGGUUCAUAUGCUGAAAGGCAAUCCGGAGCUUAAGUCCUAGAUAGCCGAUUUACUUUGCAGUGCAAAACACCAAAAUUUGAAGACAGAUUGUUGUAGCACCAAUUAAUCAAAACAUGUUAUAGACGAGGCUCUAGAAAACCUGUUCAUUUGGGAGUAUUGGUCGACAGUUAUUUUACAUGAAUGAUAUCAUUUUUUGACAGAAAUUUUGCAGCCUAGAACUUGGUUAGGUUCUUCUGUUAUUUCAUUUUAUCGGAGGCUAAAACAGAUCAUCUUAAAUUCAUCAUUGUUGCCAUUACAAUUUUAUGCACCGUAAUGUACUAAUAGGACAAUUUCUUAAAAAAGUUGUAUUCAUCUUCCAUUAUGUUGUUGGGAUUCAAGGGUCCCCCCAAUUACAUAAAAUGUGUGGAAGAGAUGAUGGAUGAUAAACAGGUGAUCAUAUCUAUUUAUUUAUUUGUUAAAUAAUGGCAUA